AUGGCAGUGGCAGCAUAUGAACCCGAAGACUAUAACUCACUUCCCAGUCUCAACUCUGCGUUCCAAGAGCUACAAAACAAAGGUGGUGAAAGCGUCAUUACUGGCCCUAUUCGAGACAUCUUCCUCAGCCAUGGUGUCCAAGGUGCCUACGGCAUCGCUUUGUUGCACAAGCAUUUUGCCAUUCGGUCAAUAGACCGCCUUGUGGACAUCCGGAACGUGUCGUCCCCUUGGGAGACGGGCGGUGACGUCGAACCUACCUUGAAAAAAUAUAAUGGUAUUAUAGCGCCCCGGUCACUGAGAUUCUUGGAUGGGGCGUUAAAGCCUUAUGAAUUCGACUUCGUAGAAGAGGAACGGUCGAUGGAGAUGAACGAAAAGUUUCUGCAAAAACUGUCGCAUUUCCUUUUGGAUACCAAAUUAGAUCAAGUUCUUGGUCUCAGGCUACUAGAUUCGCGCGACACAAGCGUAUCUGUUGAGGUUACGGAACGCAACUCAAACAUUAUGUUACCUCUAGGGGCGGUUGAUGAGAAAAAUGUUAUUCCUGCGCUGUGGAUUUUUGGCACCGACGACGAUGACCGCUGCAAUUGUAGGGAAUACUGCUAUACGGAUAGAAGUGGCAAACACUCUGGCGAAGGCAACCACGGGUGCGGUUGA